AUGUAUCUUCCGAAUACCACCUGGACCUGGUCCUUUGCGAUCGUCACACUCAUUCAGACUAUUGUAACACUGGGUUUGGAAUCGUAUAUCUUCGCGAACUUCCAGAUCCAAGAACUCCCCAACGACAGUCCCGCCUCCAAAACAAUCCCCACCUUCCUUGCCCUCUAUGGCUUCGGUUUCCUCUACGAACUGGUGUUGGUCUACGAUGCGCUGCGAAUGAAGAACACAAUUCAGGUCAUCGGCCUGUGUAUCUGCAACAUCGGACUCUUGAUCUACGGAGCGGUGCAGGUCAAGCAGAUUCGAGAAGCUGUGACAACCUUGUACUACAUGAACAAGAUCAAGUUGUACGUUUGGGAUCAGUCUGAGCCGUUCUUGAUCAUCAUUCCGUGUAUUGUUGGAUUGGGAACACUCUUGAUGACCUUCGUCGCGUGGAAGCUCUACGAUGAGUUCGCGUGGACCAUCUACAAGCACAUCAGUGCUGAUCUGCAGAUGAAGCGCCGCUAUCUGACUUACCAGAUCUACAUCGCGCUGUUGAAAUUCGAUUUCUUCUUCUUUUUGGGCUUCACAGUUCAAUUCCUUGUGUUGGUCUCUGCUGGAGGAACUGCCGAGUUCGCUCUCACAGUGACCGCGAUUCCAGUGACCAUCAUCAUCCUGCUCUGCGGUGCCUGGUUCGUCCGCCGCGAAACUACCGCCGGAAUGAUUGCCAUCAUUCUCCUGUUUUUCGCUGCCAUGGCCUACUUCUGCUUCAAGCUGUACCGCAUGUACGACCCUGAAACGAUGCCCCUUUACCUCCCCGCCUUGAAUCCCAUGACCUUCUUCGCUGUCAUUACUCUGGUCUUGAUCACGGUGACCAUUAUCAACGCCUGCCUGUGCGUCCACAAUUUCCACCGCGGCCUCAAGCCCCACAUCAACAAGAAGAAGAACAAGGACGAGGAAAAGACCACCGAGUUGAAUUCCAACCUCACCCAAGUUCCCUCACGGAUGAUGAUCGACUGA